GAACCUGAGAGUUUGUGUAACAACUGGCGAGGAUGGAGGCGGCCAAAUCUUCAGAUGUCUUUUGCACCACGAAUUAAUAAGAAAACCGUUCAAGAUAAAACUGUGUCCACCCUAAGUGAGUUAGCAGCAAAAUGUGUAGCUUGUCAUAUACCAUUCGAGCUUGUGGAACAUGUAUAUCCACCGGUACCAGAGCAACUACAAUUACAAAUUGCAUUUUGGAGUUUCCCUGACAGUGAAGAUGACAUUAGGCUGUAUUCUUGCUUGGCAAACGGCUCAGCUGAUGAGUUCCAGAGAGGAGAACAUCUCUUCAGGGACAGGGCUGUUAAAGAUGUACUGCAAAUUGGCUUCCACUUGUCGGCGACAGUUAUACUUUCCAUGCCUCGUACCCAGUUUAAUGUAGCAGUAACAUUUGACAGACAAAGGAUUUCAUCAUGUAAUUGCACAUGUUCAUCUAUGGCACACUGGUGUUCCCAUAUUGUGUCAGUUUGCCUCUACAGAAUACACCUGCCAACACAAGUAUGUUUGAGAGCACCCGUAUCAGAAUCUCUUCAACGGUUACGAAGAGACCAGUUACAGAAAUUCGCGCAAUAUCUCAUAUCGGAACUGCCGCGGCAAGUGUUACCAACAGCCCAGCGGAUACUGGACGAACUAUUGUCUGCUCAACCAAAUCCCAUAAAUACGACAUGUGGCGCUCCAGACCCGACCGCGGGCGCCUCGGCCUACGAGUACACCUCAUGGUUCCUUGAUGAGAAAACUUUGCACAACAAUAUUAAUAAGAUCUUAGUAAAGUUUUGUGUUCCAGCACCUAUAGUGUUUAGUGACGUAAAUUAUUUGAGCACAAGCGCUCCACCGGCAGCGGCUGAGUGGUCAUCGCUAUUACGGCCUUUGCGUGGCAGAGAGCCAGAAGGCAUGUGGAACCUACUAUCUAUCGUCAGAGAGAUGUUCAAACGCAAUGACAGAAACGCUAUACCACUUCUAGAAAUCAUUACUGAAGAAGUUAUGGCGUGCGAACAGAUUAUAGUGUGGUGGUACAGCACCAAGGCAGCGUUAGUGGCGUGGGGCGGCGGCACGGGGGGCGGCAAGCACGGCGGCGGCGGGGGGAACUCUGCGGCUCAGCACGCUUGUUCCUCGCUGUGUGACGAGGUGGUUGUGUUAUGGCGCCUUGCUGCAUUGAAUCCGGCUUUAGCGCCUCAUGAACGCGAUACACUCCAUGAACAAUUUGCUCAAUGGCAUAGUAAAGUCCUUGAUAAGGUGGCAAAGAAUCGUAACAACCAUACUAUUACCACCACUACGUCGUCAUCACAUCCACGACAUACCCGCUCGCACUCCCAUCCACCAUACAUCAAUGGUAUUAGCGAGAACGAAGUAUUCCCCGGAUUCCAUCCUGCAAUGGAAGCAUGUUUCCUGGAAUGGGAUGACUACCAGAUACCAGGAGUGACAUAUACUAAGGAUUUGAACCCGUUAUAUCACAGUCCUUUUACUAUAUUCAGACACGCUGAUAAGCAGAAUGACAGCGUUCAUCAAGUUAAUUCAUCUAAAGCCGUUCUGAACAAUGAGAUGUCUCUGAGCUAUAGACUGACAAACCCUGAUCCAUCAAUGCAGGGUCAUUGCACAUUAGUACAUAGAAAUCGCAUUAAUGUGAACCUAGCGAUACCCGGGCCCUCGGGUCAAGCGUGCGGUUCUGGGGAAGGUUCGAGUGAACCAGCACGAGAUGCUGGUCCAAGUGAUGGAAAUCACUCUAGCGUGUCAUCUGAAGGUUUCUGUGAGAACGAAGAGGAAAUCCUUCAACAAAGUGGUGGUGAUACUGAUUCACAAGAAUCGAGUUCGCCGCCCGUGUCGUCCGAUGACGCUCAACGUCGGGUAUCGAAUGACGACUCUGUGUCAGAUGACGACUGCAAUUUGUACUUCUACGACACUGCAGCUGCUCGCCGCGCUGUAUCAGGAGAAGGCAGUUCUGGGACAGCCGUUGCGUCGGGCUCGAGCGCCGGGUCGAGCGGUGCGAGCGGCUCGCUGGGCUGGGAGUGCGGCUGGGAGGUGUCGUUCGCGCGCGCCGAGGGGCUGCAGGCGCACGGACACGCGCGCGAAGCCUGCGCACUCGGUGCGCGGCUGGCGCGCGAGCUGCUGGCGCGGCCGCCGGCGCUGGGCGCGGGCGCGUGCGGCGCGGGCCACGACCCGCGCAAGCCGCGCCGCCGCCACGCGCCCUCGCCGCGACUGUGCGCCGCCUCGCACCGCCUCUCCUGCCUCGCCUCCGCCACGCUCGCCAAGUGCGCCUUCCUGUGCACGGUGCUUGCGGAAUUCAGCGAACAUCAUGAAUUAGCGUUUCGAGUAGGCUUAUUUGCUCUCGAGAUGGCCAGACCACCCGCCAGUACGAAGGCUUUAGAAGUGAAGUUGAACAAUCAAGAAACUGAACUGGUCGCUUUAUUGAAGAAACUGCCGACAGGACCCGAGCAGCUCGCUUUAGCUCGCGAAAAAGCUGAACAACUUCGUGACGGCACACUAAGGAAUCGUGGUCCAGCGUUAUUGCCUAUUGCAUUAGCGAGCUUCUUAUUCGAUGUACUUGUGUUAUCAGUACCGGAAAAAGAAAUUAAACAGCAGUCAAGAGUACCCUCCGAUGAAACAUUGGGUUUCGAAGCAGCCGUAGCGGCUUUAGGUUUGAAGGCGAAUGUGUCUGAAGCGGAACAUCCGUUGUUGUGUGAGGGGACCAGGCGCCAACGCGGAGAGUUAGCGUUAACACUGCUCUCUUGCUACAAAGAUGAACCUGUUAAGUUGGCCAGGAUAAUGAAUAAGUUGUUGGACCGCGAUAUACACCAAUUGACUAAGGGGCCUAUGGUGAGCAUGUACUACACCACCAACCCGCGACUCUCUGCAUACCGGCCCGAUGCUCCGAUACCCUCUAUCUACCCUCCGCAACCGUCACAUCCGCAGCAUCUGCAGCACUCGCAGCUGCCGCAGCUUCCGCAGCAUCCGCAGCAUCCGCCGCAUCCGCCACAUCCGCCACAUCCGCCACAUCCGCCGCAUCCACAGCAUCCGCAGCUGCCUCCGCUGCCGGUGCACCAGCCGCACUCGUCGCACCCACAACACCCGGCGCACGCGCAGCCGUGCCUACCUCCACAGCAACCGCAGUGUUCCCUGGUAACGGAUCUAGAGCGGCUGGUGGUAGCUGAAGGCAGUAGUGGUUCUCCGCCGUCGCAUCCACACCAGUCGCAUCAGCAGCAUCCAUCACACUCACAACAUCCGCCGCACCCCCAACAUCCACAGCAUUCGCAGCACACGCAGCACACGCAGCUCGCGAGACCAAAAGACUCCAGAUAUAAAGGGAAACGUGUUUACCCGUCCGUACCGAAUCAACCAUCGGAAGCCUCGGCGCAUUUUAUGUUUGAACUUGCGAAGUCAGUGCUUUUUAAAGCAGGUGGUUCAUCUAGUACCAGUCUGUUCACUCAAACAUCUUGUGCUAGAGAACAUCAUGGUCCUCACAGAGGUUUACACAUGGCCGCAUUUCAGCUCGGUCUAUACGCAUUGGGUCUACAUAAUUGCGUUAGUGCAAAUUGGUUAAGUCGCACAUACUCGUCACAUGUCAGUUGGAUCACAGGACAAGCGAUGGAUAUAGGUGCCCCUGCAAUUCUAUUCCUUAUAGACGCGUGGGAAGGACAUUUAACGCCACCGGAAGCGGCUGGUAUUGCUGAUAAGGCGUCGUCGGGACGCGACGUGGCGACGGUGCGCGCGGCGGCGGAGCUGGCGCUGUCGGUGUUGCCGCACGCGCACGCGCUCAACUACAACGAGAUACAGCGCGCCGUGCUACAGUGCAAGGAGCAGAGCGACGCCAUGCUCGAGCGCGCCUGCCUCACCGUCGAGGCCGCGGCCAAAGGUGGCGGCGUGUACCCCGAGGUGCUGUACACUGUGGCGCGGUACUGGCACGAGCUGUACAUGCGGCAGGCGAGCGAAGAGGAGCCGCUCGACGAGCCGCACUACCGCGCCCCGCAGCCGCACCCGCUCGCGCUGCCCGUGCCCUACCCCAUACCCUACCCGUUCACAUACCACCCCUACCCGCCGCACAUAUAUCAACUACAGUACGGGGGAGCGCCGGCGCCGCACCCGGGGCAGUACGCGCUGCCGCCGUACUUCGUGCGCGGGCUGGUGGCGCCCGCGCCGCACGCCGCGCUCCCGCAGCACCCCCAGCACCCCCAGCACAUCGCGCACCCGCCCGCCCUACCACACAACCACCCGGCGCCGAUUCCGCCUCCGAUGCCGGCGGGCCACAACAGCGUGGCCAACGUGAGCCUGCCGCCGGGCGUGGGCAGCGUGAACCCCGCGAGCGUGGGCACCGUGAGCGUGGGCAGCGUGAGCGUGGGCAGCGUGAGCGUCGCCAACGUGAGCGUCGGCGGCGUGGGCCCCGCGGCCGCGCCCGCGCCCGGCCCGCCGCCGCUGCCGCAGGCGCAGCUGCGCCGCCUGCUGGCCGCCUACAGGGUCGGCAUGCUGGCGCUAGAGACGCAGGCCCGCCGCGUGCACGACGACCGCCCGCAGAACAAGUUCGGCAGAAACCCGCCGUACGGCGAGCACGUGAAGUGGCUGCUGCGCAUCUCUAAGCACCUGGGCGCGCAAUACCUGCACCAGUUCUGCGUGUGCGCGGUGAACUCUGUGGUGUCUCCGUUCGUGCUGUACGAGCUGUGCGUGGAGUCUGCGCACUGGCUGGCGCGCGGCGGCCCGCACCACCUCGUCAUGCAACACCUGCGCGGCACGCUCGCGCCGCUCGUUCAGAAGUGCCAGCAGAUGUACAUCCAGUGCAUUCAUCAAAAGCUGUAUCAUUUGACAUCAGUGGAGUACGAAGAAUUCGUGAGCAUCGUCCUAUCUGCGCGUACAGCCUUUCAAUUAACACCAGAAGGGAACACACAGUUUAAAGAAUGGCUCGCGUCUCUGCGCAGGUCAAAAUCAUGCAAGAAAGAUCUGUGGACACAACUGAACGCGGCUCUACAGACGAACGGCAAAUGACGUCGGCAGCCGAUAGUUUGUAUGGUGCGGUGCUCCGCGCGCAAACUGUCACACUACAGGCGUUGGCCGCGAUACCGGCUCCUAUACCAACUACACACUCUCUAACUAUAUUAUAAAUUGUGUUAUUUGUAAUCUUGGUGUCUGUGUGUAACCCAAGCGUUAGACAUCUCUUCAAAAGCGCGAAUAUGAAGACCCUUGAAAACCUUAACCUUAAAUUAGACCUUUUAGCGAAAACAAAGACGCAACCUGUGUGUGUAGCAUUGACGUAUUCAUUAGAUAUUUGAGCGCCUUAUAAUGCGAACAACUAAUACGGCACAUUGCAAAGUGCAAAUGUUUGUUCUUAUAACUUCACUGUAGUAUUUGCAAAUUUGAGGCUAUGUCUAACGCAGGCUUAAGGAUGUAGUAAAUAAUAUUUAUCUAUUUUAUUGAUGCUAUAUAAAGGAUGUUAUUUUAUUAAUAUACACAAUGUUAACCAUGCUAGCUGGAAGCUCAGCAGAGGUAUUCAAUUAGAUUAUAGAAAUAUGAAUGUUGAAUAUCAAUUUAUUAAUAAGAUAUAACAUUUUAUAUAUUGUAGAAACAUUCAUUUAUCUACUACAUCCUUACAUGUGAAACAGAGGUGGAUCCGGUCGGCCAGAGCCGUCUUAUUUCUUGACAGUACAUUUCUGUCACAAAUAUGUAGCAGUUUUAGCAUCUAUCUCUUGUGUACUUUAAUCAUACGAUCUGAUUAUAAGAACGCAUUAGAGAAAAUACGGGUUAUGAUUUAUAAGAAUUUAAUGUGAAGAUGGCGCCGUGCAUACGGUGCAUACGAUAUAUAAGAAUAUAUAUUGACACUUUUAUUACAAAUAUCACAACGGAUUCGCUUAUUAGAAACGAAGGAAGUACCUCUAUUAGUAAUAAUUUAUCUCGAUUAGAGGGUAAUCGAUCUCAAUAAAAACAGACGAACAUAAUAACAAUCAUUGAAAAAUGUUGCUAACUCCUAAAUGUGCGUGAGGUAUAAUCUUGUAAGAUUGUGUUUUGACAUACGAGUACCUAUUAUAGAAAGUGUACCAAUGCGGAGUUGUUAGGACGUUGGCAAACACCCAUCCAUCAUCGAAAACUAGAUCUCAAGUUGUAAAUAUUGUAUUUGUAAUUCAUCCAUUUCACUUUACGAACCAUUCACUUCCUUUUUAUCACUAACACGGAGAGGAUCUAAGCUCAUAUUGAAGGUUGUGCUUUAAAUAGUCUGAGAUUUGGUUGUAAUCAGAGUUCUAUUGUAAGACAGUUAAAGACUAUCGCUGCUUGAUUAAUAAAGGAGUUUAGCAACAUUUCACUAAUUUGGUACGGUAUGACAUCUCGACUUAGUUGUAUGACUUUUUUCUUAUUUAUUCUUUAUAUAAGUAUCUUAUUGUGUAUUUGCACAAAAUCUUAGUUUUUCGUCCGCUUUAUGACUCGACUGUACUAUUGGCUAGUCAGUUUGUGAAUUCGUCAGAUACCAGUGGGGCUUCGGAUAAGCUCGUUUAGUUUUCUUAUAGUAUUAAGGAGUUAGUUUGAAUUUUGAAACUUUUUUUUGUUAUUGUCGCAGUUAUUAUUACGUUGUUGGUAUUAUUAAAAUUCACGAGUACUGAUUUUAUAUUUCUACAGUAUACAUGAAUAGCGGUGACAGUUUACUUAAUUCCAAAUAUAUGCACCGUGGACAAUGUGUGUUAUAACGCAUGUAAAAUCUUUUAAACGAAGUAUAUUUUUAAAUUUCGAUCGAAUAAAUUAUAUACUUCUUCAAAAUUAAAAAAUAAAAAGGAAACAAAAUUUCACCAGAUAUCAACAAUGGACAUACUAGUCACUCCCAAACUGUCUUGUUGCCACUGGUUUUCUUAUUUUGGCAUGACUUUGACUAUUGUAACCAUUGGAUCUACUCUUUCUUAGUUCUUUUAAAUGUUUUAUUAUACAUAAAACAUAAGGCACAUUUGUCCACUAAGUAUAUAUUUUACGUAUAUCUUUUAAUUAAACCAGUGUCUAAUUAGCGAAUUGUUUUAAAGAUCUCUUGUCAUGUGUUAAUGAGUAAGUGUCUAGAAAAUAUUGACUUCGCUCAUAGUUUAUUUAGCCUUUCAUUUAGUAUAAUUUUUUUUAUUGAUUUCUUUUCUGCAUUAGAGCAAAAUGUCGUUUAUAUUUACGGAGAGUGUAUUGUGCGUAUUUUAAAGUUUUUGGGUAUAUUACGCUAACGUAUUAAGCUUAAUGUUUGGAAUGUAAUGAUUACGUAAUAUGGUUAUAUUAAUGAGAAAAAAAAUAUGUAAACCGACAACUAUAUUGAUAAAAGUAUAUUUUAGGAGUUAUUUGAUAAUUUAUUAUAUAUUCACUCUCAUGUCGUAUCGAUAAAGUUGUCGCGUUACAAUUAAUUGCAACUUUGGACAUGACACACUUUAUUAUCUAAAAUUGAAUAUUGACUUUUCAAAAUUAUAACAAUAGUCCAUAUUAUUGAGUAUUGGCUUAAGAUGUUUCAAGUGACCUAAAUAGUGUCAUUAGACUACAGAAUAUUAGACAGAAUGUAGGCGAUGACCGUCGAUAUACUAUUUUUGAUAUUCUCUUGUCGAAAUUUGCAGUUUCACGAAUAUUUAUGUAGUACGUCUUGCGGAUAUAAAUGUAGACGUGCGUUUGAUUAACUAUAGUGACUUUAUUUACACGUUUAUAUAAUAUUAUUAUAUUGUAAUGCAAAGUAGCAUCUUGAGAGCCUUCGGAUAUAAAUAUAUAAUAUAAUAGAUUAUAAUCUGCGAACGCUGGCAACAAAUACAAGCGCCCCGUAAUUUGAAUUCCAUUACUAGUUAUAUAAGUAUUAGUCAUCUUUGGAAUAUGGUGACGACACUGAGACGAAGUGAAUUUGAAUACUGCUGUAUUAUGAUUGAUCGCAGGUCUUUCUAUCUACUACAUUAAAGUGCAAUUUGUGUAUCAUAUUUGAAACAAAUUAAUAUUAACUUGAAUGGCGACAUAAUUUGCUAUUUUACCCAAUAUAUUUGCUGAAGAUCAUUCCAUUGUCAGAUAGACUUAUUUACAUUAUCUAUAUAUAAUAGUAACUUUGUGUCCCAGUGUACUAUAUAUUGGAAUAUGUUAAGGAUGUCUGUAAAAUAAAAUACAAAUUAAAUAAGAUCUUCCAACCAUGAAGCAAUAUUAAAAUAUCAUUUUAUAAAAGUAAUUAAUAAAGAACGUAAGCUAUCUAAUCGAUAUCGUAAUAGCGUUUUAUACAAUAUACAACAUAUUUGUAUUAAAUACAUGGAGAGUUUAUAAGUAUUAUAUGCGUCGUGUUAUUGUAACGCAUCGUAUUUUUAUUCAGUAUAAAUAAUUAACUAUAUACAAAUUAGAGGUAUUACAUAUUACAAUUCCUGCAGUGUAUGUGCAAUGGAGGUAUUGAUAUGAGUUGUUGCAUAUAAAACAUCAAAUUGCUCAAACUAAGUACGGUAUGUUGUGUAUAAAGUGAUAUACACCGCGGGAUCUUAUCGUGCCUAUUUUAUAUGUCGUUGGAGCAAGUAAAACGCACCCGCUCGUGCCUUUACAGCAAAUUGCAGUUAUAGGUUUGCGUAUCCUAUUAAAAUAUGAAUAAGUAAACAAUCAAUGUGAAUUUGACCACAUUUAAAUCAUAUAUGAUCUACAAAUCCAUCAACGAAUUGUUGUUAUGAGUAUUAUAACGUUUUCCUGCCUUUAGGAUUGCGAUCAUCUGAAUAUAUGUAUUAGGUAGAAAAAGUUAUUAUUAUUUUUGCAAUGUUUUGAAGACUGCAUUGAUUAAAAAAACAAAAAUGGAUCAACAAUUAUCUGAUUAUUUUUAUUUGGUGACAUAUGAUAAUUGGUCGUGAUAAUAGUACAACAUGUAAUAAUAUCCAUUAAAGUCCCACUCCUUGGCUUGCAUCUCUUCCGAAGAAUACAGAGUCAACACAUCUUCCGUCGCUUUAGUUUCAUGGAUGUAUGAGCUUAAUUGAAUUACGCUAUAUAUAGAGACGCUGAAGUUUUGUCAGUACUCACUAUUAUGAAAUGGUGAUCAUCAGUCAGGUAAUAGCAUCCUUGAGCUUAGUCUGUUAAAGUCUGUUUCAUGGUUUUGCUAGAAAUUUUGUGCAAUAUUGCUCAAACUGAGCAUUGUUUAAACUAUAUAUGCGACAUAUAUUUAUGUAAAUAAGAAGUUUAUUUACUAUUUCGUUUCAAUUAAUAUUGAGUGCCAAAAUCAAUGCUAUGCCAAAAAUACAGAUUGAAUAUCAUGAUGUCACUAAAGUUAAAAUAAUAUACAAUUAUGAAAUUGAAGGUGAUCGCGACCCAACAGAUUACAUACGGCAUCUACAGUGUGUCGUUCGUGUCCUAGGUGUGUAUAGGUCACCUCUCUUAGUGUAAUUUUCCCUAGGCAUUAGAAUAGGCAAGAUGUUCAAUGUUUAUCCUAAAAUAGUAUAUAAAUCUGACAUUGGAAUGAGGCAUUUGUUGCCAGACGGGCGUCUAGUAGUUUUAGUUUAAUAUCUUUAUAAAAUAGAUGUUUAUGUGCAUUCAUUAAAGUGUGAAUGUUUUCGGCAUUCAGUAGAUAGUAAAUUUUUAGAAUGCUAGUUAGUAUAAAUUGACGUUCGUGCAGUUUGGAUGAAAGCUAACUUAUUUCGACCCUCACUUGAGUGUGUUGAUCUAGUAUGAUAUGGUUUAAUAGUAUUCCUCUUUAGAGUAUUUACAAGAAUUUGAAGGUCUAUUAUUAUUUAGCACAACAGUUUUGCUGUAACCAACUCGUUAAUAAUGCACUUUGAGUUCAACGUUAUCGCCGCAAAGAAAUUGAAAAUAAGAUAAGGUUUCUGUUUUGCAUCACAUAAAAUUAUGGUUUGACGGUACAAAUAGAAACGGGUUUUAUAAGUGGAUAAAACAAUAAGAAAAUGGACUCCUUACAAGUUGACAUAAAUAAUAUAUUGAAUAGUCAAAUUAGAGCGAUGUGUAAUGUUACCAUGACUAAAAUGAUCGUCACAUGUUUUGGAAUACUUAUUAUAUUUUGAAUUUUUUCUUUAGUUUAUGUGCGGCGAACGAGCAAACCAUAUAGUAAACAUUAAUUCAUUAUUAAGAGUGCAUCAUUCGUCGAAAAAUCUUUAAAGUUAAGUACAUCGCACUCAGAGAUUAUAUUUAAGAGAGUGCAUCGUUUUCUAUUAAUAUAAGUUUCUUAAUGACUUGCCGUCCAUGAUUAUUUUGCAUAUCUGCAUCUACAUACAUAAUACAUAUUUGUGUUUGCAGCGUUUCCUAUUUAGAUGUCUAAAAUUACUUGCAUACAUAUUUACAUUUAGAUAUUGCAGUACAUACAUCUUCUGCUUCUGCUCGUUGGGCAUUAUUAACAAUUUCUGGUAUAGUUUUGUCAGAGAGCAUAACACUUCUCCAUAUAACGAAAGAGUGCUUUGACAUUUGUCGGAAAAAACUAUUUUUACACUUUAAAGCGUAUUUAAUAAUAUUAAAAAGAAGUAAAUAUAUCGUUAGUUUCGUAAAUAUAGAAUGUUAGUACGGAGCAUAUUUUAAUUAGUCUUUUAAUGCAUGUUCAUAGUUGUAAUUUGCCUGUAUUCGGCAAGUUUAUGGGCCGUCUAAUGAGUGUUGUGGUAUUUUGAUUUGCAUAUUAUUAUCGACAUCACAUAUCCGUUUGUAAUUUAUUUUUAAAACUGUACCUAUGUAUGGACAUGCUAUCUGUUCAAGAGAGAUACUUUAUAUAUUAUAUAACAAUAACGGCGAAAUGAGGUGUACCUUAACACGAUGUGGAUUGGACAUACUGGUGAUUGAUGUAUACAACAAAGUCAAGUGUUGCAAUAUCUCGGUUCAUGGUAAGAUUUUACAGACGGCGUAGAGCCACGAGUGCCUAUAUCGAAUAGUACAUACAUAUAUCCCUGUACUUUAGAUGUGACGAAAUUAUUUGUAUGUCUGUUCCACACUUGUUUAAAUAUUAUUUUAAUAUUAUAUAUAUA